AUGACAGAGAAUGGGUCGUCCCAGGAGGGACACAUUCAUGAUGUGCUCAUCAUUGGCGCAGGGCCCGGUGGCCUCGCAGUCGCUGCCCGACUUCGUGAGCCACUUCCGGGAGCUCAAUUUACCUCAGAUGAACACCAGCGAUACCAUUGGAUCCGAAAGCAUGGCCGCCACGCUAUGGCCAUCAAGAAUCGCCGAUCUGGUGCAAUCGAAGCACCAUCCUCGCGCUCGUCAAGAUCGAGCCAACGAGAGCACUUUCAUGCAGACAUCUAUAUGCUUGUUCUUGACGAGGAAGGCGACGAGUGGAUGACCCGAUGGAACCGAUUGUUCAAAGCUUUCGGUAUCCAUACCCUUCGGAGCCCCAUGUUCUUCCACGUAGACCCGGGAGAUCGAGACGGCUUGUUGGCAUACGCGUACAUGCAGGGCAGAGAGGGGGAGCUGACGGAGAUCGGGGGGGUUGUCGGGAAAGAACUAAGUAAACACCAGAGGAAGAAGAGAAUGGGGAAGAGAUCGAUCUACGCGCCGAGCAAUCCUGUCGUCGACGAACGCGAGCGCAACGACUACUUCCGACCCUCCACUCCUCUGUUUCACUCUCACUGCACCGACGUCAAAGAUCGGUACCAUCUGGGCAACAGUCUUGUCAAUCAGGCUUCUGUACAGGAUAUCGUCUACGACUUCUCCCCGCUCCACCCCGAGUCUGAUAAGAUCUUCACCGUCACCUCGGAUAAGGGUACGCAGUAUGCUAGAAUCGUCGUCCUCGCUGUAGGGCCGGCAAAUAAGCCGUGCAUCCCAGGUCUCAGUCCGGAGGACCGCAUGGAAGGGGCGUGCCACACAAUGCACAUCCGAUCCUUCCCUUCGUCUAUUGUUAAAGACAGGAUCAAAGCCCGCAUUCCGACGAGCGUCCUGAUCGUGGGUGGUGGAUUGACGUCCGCCCAGAUUGCGGAGAAGGCCGUGGCCUCUGGCAUCUCAACGGUGUAUUUGAUUAUGAGGGGACCAGUAAAAGUGAAACAUUUUGAUAUGGACCUUGACUGGGUUGGCAAGUUUCGCAACCAGAAGCAGGCAGCCUUUUGGAGUGCCGAUUCUCAUUCAGAGCGCCUCGACAUGUACCUCCGAGCGCGAGAUGGGGGUAGCAUGAACCCUACCUACAAAAGGAUUGUCGAGAAGCUCGGCGAAAGCGGGCGGCUCUCGCUCAUGACCUUCACGACGAUCGCGUCCAAAGUGUGGGACUCUUCCUCACAACAGUGGACAGUCACGGUCAGCACACGCAUGCCGCGGCCAGAACCCAAGGCUGGUACCGUUCUAGACGGAGAACAGGAAAUGAAACCUAUCGAGGAAACUAUGAUGCUUCCACCGAUCGACUAUAUCUACUUCGCGACUGGCGUUGAGACCAAUUAUACCACCCUUCCGUUCCUACAGAGCAUGAAUCGAAACUACCCGAUCCCAUCCGCCGGCGGCUACCCUUGCAUCACGGAUGACAUGAUGUGGAGGAAAGACGUUCCAAUGUUCGUGACCGGCAGACUGGCAGCGCUGCAACUGGGACCAGGGGCCCCAAACCUCAUUGGAUGUAGGACGGGUGCCGAAAGAAUUGCUUGGAAUAUUCUGGAGAUCUUGAGUGGUGGGAAGACUGGCAGCGAGGAUCGCCAUGAGGUGGAGAGCAGAACUCGGCCGGGACGAGGUGAUGAAGCCUAUGCAGACCGCGAAUUUAGCUAUCGCACGGGCAGGGGCAACAUGUUUGAGAGUCUAGAGCAGGGAGACAGUGAUGAGUAG